AUGAGUUCUUUACUUUUGGAGCAUUACUCCAAAAAAUUAGAUAAUCCAACAUUAAGUGUUUUACCACAUGACUUUUUACGCCCCCAACAAGCACCUUUUGUCAUAGAAAAAAAUUACUUGGUUCAUUUGCCACAUGUUGCUAAAUUUACCACUGAAGAAUCUUCUAUUAUAGCUAUUUUAGCUACAUAUUGUACUUUAAUCUACAGGUUGACUGGCGAUGAUGAUAUUGUGCUUUAUACCAAAAACUAUGGUGUAUUAAGAUUCACCAUUGAUCCUAAUUGGACUUUUCAACAAUUAAGUGAUACCAUAAAAACGCAAAUAUCUGAAAACAACGAACUAAAAUUCAACGACUUUGACAAAUUAUCGAGUUUUAUCCAAAAGAAUAACGAUUUGGAACUAACCCCCCAAUUAUUUCGUUUAAGCUUCAGCGCUAACCAUAAUGAUGGUGCUGACAUCUUAACAGAAUUUAAAUCCAACACUUUAGAUUUACACGUCAAUUUUAAUUCCAAAGACCAAGUUUUGGAAAUUGUGUAUAAUGCUCUUCUCUACUCUGCCGCUAGAAUAUCUAUUUUAGCCGACCAAUUUUCCCACUUUGUUGCAGCAGUUAAACCAACAUCUAUCAUUACUAAAAUUUCCUUGAUUAGUCCUGCUUCUGCAAGUGCUAUUCCAGAUCCAACUGCUAAUUUGGGCUGGUGUGAUUUUAGAGGUUGCAUUCAUGAUAUUUUUCAAGACAACGCUGAAAAGUUCCCAGAACGCACAUUGGUUGUGGAAACACCAGUUGAUUCUAAUUCUACCGAAUCACGUGUUUUCACUUAUCAGGAUAUAAACAGAGCUUCCAAUGUUGUUGCUCACUAUUUGAUUAAUAAAGGCAUUAAAAAGGGUGAUGUUGUUAUGAUCUAUAGCAGUAGAGGUGUUGAUUUAAUGGUUUGUGUCUUUGGGGUUUUGAAGGCGGGUGGCACCUUUUCUGUUAUUGACCCCGCCUAUCCACCAGCAAGACAAACAGUUUAUUUGGGUGUUGCCAAACCAAAGGGCUUAAUUGUUAUUAAAGCUGCUGGUGUGUUGGAUCAACUUGUAGAGGACUAUAUAUCAGAGGAAUUAGACGUUAUUUGUCGAAUCCCUCAAGUUUCUAUACAGCAAGACGGAACUAUUUUAGGAGGCACUUUGGAUGGAGAAGAGGAUGUUUUGAAGAAAUUUCACUCCAAGAGGGAUCAAAGAACUGGUAUUAUUUGUGGUCCUGAUAGUAAUCCAACUUUAAGUUUUACCAGCGGUAGCGAAGGUCUUCCAAAAGGUGUUUUAGGUAGGCAUUUUUCUUUGGCAUAUUACUUUGAUUGGAUGUCUCAACAAUUCAACCUAUCUGAAAAAGAUAAGUUUACUAUGUUAAGCGGUAUUGCACACGACCCUAUUCAAAGAGAUAUGUUCACUCCGGUAUUUUUAGGUGCACAAUUAUUAGUUCCUACACAGGAUGAUAUUGGUACUCCAGGCAGAUUAGCGACCUGGAUGUCUAAGUAUGGUGCCACAGUCACUCAUUUAACACCUGCAAUGGGUCAAUUGCUAGCUGCUCAAGCUACUACUUUAAUUCCGACAUUGCAUCAUGCUUUUUUUGUGGGUGAUAUAUUAACUAAGAGAGAUUGUUUAAGACUACAAACAUUGGCAGAAAAUGUUGUUAUUGUUAAUAUGUACGGUACAACUGAAACCCAGCGUGCUGUUUCCUUUUUUGAAGUCAAGUCGAGAGCCCAAGAUCCAAAGUUUUUGAAAAAUUUAAAAGACGUUAUGCCUGCUGGUAAGGGCAUGUUUAAUGUUCAAUUAUUGGUUGUUAACAGAAAUGACAGGACCCAACUUUGUGGUGUUGGUGAAGUUGGUGAAAUAUAUGUACGUGCUGGUGGGUUGGCUGAAGGUUACAGAGGUUUGCCAGAAUUAAAUAAGCAAAAGUUCAUUAAUAAUUGGUUUGUUGAGGAACAUCAUUGGGACUAUUUGGAUAUUGAUAAACAUGAACCUUGGAGAUGUGAUUGGUUGGGACCAAGAGACAGAAUGUAUAGAACUGGUGAUUUGGGUCGUUAUUUACCAGACGGUAACUGUGAAUGUUGUGGUAGGGCUGACGAUCAGGUCAAGAUUCGUGGUUUUAGGAUUGAAUUGGGUGAAAUUGAUACACACAUAUCACAACACCCAUUAGUUAGAGAAAAUGUCACUUUGGUUCGUAAUAAUAGAGAUAAUGAAAAGACAUUGAUUACCUUUAUUGUUCCUCGUUAUGAUAAACCAGAGGAGUUAUCUAAAUUUGAGACACCUGUGGCUGAGUCUGUUUCCGAUGACCCAGUACUCAAAGGUUUAUGUGGUUAUUUUAAACUAACUAAAGAUAUCAAGGAAUUUUUGAAGAAGAGACUAGCCAGUUAUUCUAUUCCUUCUAUCAUUGUUGUAUUGGAUAAGUUGCCAUUGAAUCCAAACGGCAAAGUUGACAAGCCAAAAUUACAAUAUCCAACUCAAAAACAAUUGGAUCUAUUCAAUGCCAAUGUUUCUGGUGGUAUUGACGAAAGCCAAUUUACGGAAAACGAACUUGAAAUUUUGAACAUCUGGUUAGCAGUGUUACCAAAUAAACCAGCUUCAGUGUCACCAGAUGACUCAUUUUUUGAUUUGGGUGGACAUUCAAUCCUAGCUACUAGAAUGAUAUUUGCCUUGAGAAAGAAUUUGAACGUUGACUUACCAUUGGGUACUAUCUUUAAAUAUCCAACCAUUAAGGCAUUUGCGGAGCAAGUUUUUAAAACACAGCAAUCCAUUGACUCCAAUGACUCUUUUGUUUCGAAAACUGCUGUAUAUUCUGAAGAUGCCAAGAAAAUUGCAUCAACCUUGUUGCAAAAGUCCUACCCAUCAUGUAAGCCAUUUUCUCUAGGUGAGAAAAUCAAUGUUUUCGUUACAGGUUUUACUGGGUUCUUAGGUUCUUAUAUCUUAAGCGAUCUAUUGACACGUACCAACGCAAACAUUAGGGUAUUUGCUCAUGUUAGGGCUAAAGAUAAGGAUAGUGGGUUACAAAGAAUAAUUAAAUCGGGUACUACUUAUGGUACUUGGAAACCGGAAUUUUCAUCUAGGAUCGAAAUUAUUUUAGCAGAUCUAUCUAAGCCGCAACUUGGUGAUGAUGCUGUUUGGAAUAAAAUAACUGCUGAGGUGGAUAUUAUUAUCCAUAAUGGUGCUAUGGUUCAUUGGAUUUAUCCCUAUGAACAAUUACGGGAUGCUAAUGUCAUUUCCACUGUUAAUCUUUUGAACAUGUGUGCCAAGGGCAAGCCUAAAUCGUUUGUUUUCGUUUCUUCAACUUCUACUUUGGACUCACCACACUAUAUCAACUUGGGUGAACCUGUUAAGGAGAGCGAUGAUCUAAUGGGCUCCGCAACGGGACUAAGCGGUGGCUACGGUCAAUCGAAAUGGGCUGCUGAAUAUAUUACAAGAGCAGCUGGUAAACGUGGGCUACGUGGGUUUGUUGUUAGACCAGGCUAUGUUACUGGAUGUUCUAAGAAUGGUUCUUGUAACACCGAUGACUUUUUGUUAAGAUUUUUGAAGGGUGUUUGUCAAUUACAUUAUAUUCCAGAUAUUGAUAAUGAAGUCAACAUGGUCCCUGUAGAUCAUGUUGCCCGUAUUGUCACUGCGGCUGGUUUGCACCCAGAUGAAAAGGAGUAUAAAGUCAUUCAAGUUAAUGCACAUCCACGUAUUACCUUUAAGCAUUAUUUGAAUGAGCUGGGCAAAUUUGGUUAUGAUGUCAGUAUUGAGUCUUAUGAAUUGUGGAAGAAACACUUGGAGGAUUCAAUAGGUGAAAUAGGUGAAUCUAAUGCAUUAUAUCCAUUAUUGGCGAUGUGUUUAGAUGAUUUGCCACAUAGUACUAUUGCACCACCAUUGGAUGACAAGAAUGCCAGUGUUGUUUUAAGCGAGGAUUCUAAAUGGACAGGGGUUGAUGUUUCUAAGGGUAAGGGGUGUACUAGCGCACAAGUUGAUAUUUAUAUUUCAUUUUUAAAUAAAGUUGGCUUUUUGCCAAGGGCACCAAGAUCUGAGGCGUUGCCCGAAGUUGAAUUGAGUAAAGAACAGAUUGAAUUAGUUGCAUCUGGUGCUAGUGCUCGUAACAGUAGCGCGGCAAGUAAAUAA